AUUAGUCCAGGCUUCUAUUCGGUGACAUUCAAUGAACCGGACCAGACGUGUUUGUAGGUGUGCUCCCAAUAGGACGGUCUUCGAAAUCUUCAUUUUUACCCACCUCUGAACUAAGUUCAAGACUGUGUUAACCUGUCUGCCAAGAUGGACGUGACCGUGGUGAGGAAUAACUUUACAGCAGCUAAGUCUGCCGCUGGAGAUGUCGAUUUUGAACCGUUCCUUAAGGGCUACGAUGAGAUCGCAAGGUUGUACGACAGCAUGGGCCAGGUCUUUCACUUCGCUUCCAAGGACAUGCGCUCCCGUAUCAAGACCGUCAACAACCUCACCAAGGAAGAUGGUUCCGUCUACACCGCGGUCGUCAAGGCACUCGACCACGAGAAGGCUCAGGGGAUCAAGAAGAAGACCAAGGGCGGUGUCACGGCGGCGUCUAAGAUCCUUCUGGAGAUGCACUGGGAUGUUGCAUUCUUCAUCCUCAUCAUGAAGAGAAUGGGUGAAGCCCAGGACGACACGAAGAUGUCCCAGGUAGCAAGGAAGGCUUACGAUGAUUCUCUUGCUCCCCACAACGCCCUGCCAAUCAGAACAGCCGCACGCCUCGCCUGCAAGACAUUACCCAUCCGAAAGGACUUCGUAGAAAAGUAUCUGAAGCAGAAUACCGCCGAGGCCGUCGCUCUCCUUCCCGCAACGAUUGGGGCGCUAAAGGCCAUCCAUUCCAUCAUGGAAGCUGCCUUCAUCAAGAACGACCUCAUGAAGGAAGCCGAAGCCGAAGCAGCGAGGAAUAAAGCAGAAGACGCAACACAGCCAGGUGUCUAGCAGCCUAGAAGAAAACAGGGGAUAGCAACGAUCCCUGUGGAACACCUUAUUGAUUAUGUGCAAUGUUGUAAUAGAUUAAAGAUAUUGAAAAUAAUAUCGCUCGUGCAGCGGCGCACGAAACGUCGUGAUCUUUCCGAUCCCUUGUUGACCAUACAAUGCGAGAC